UGAUUAUGAUGAAGCUGAUUCAGACAUAGAAGGAAGUCCCAAAAGUCAAGAUAUGCAUAAUUCAGAUGAAGCAGAAUCCUCAACUGCUGAAAUAGUUCAAAGCGCAGAUUCAGGCAGGGGUACUACUAAAGGUGGUGAGUAUAUUAAAAGCAUAGCGUAA